UCUUGCGUUGCUAAGGGUCGUACAGUGUAUGCGCAUCUGCGAUUCGCAGAUAUUGUAAGAUGCCACGGUCUUUUUUGGUGAAGAAAUACCUUAGUAAGAAGCCAAACUACGCCCAACUGGAUUCAAACAAAAGAGAGGACGUCCUCGCUCGACACUCCCGCGACCGGUCCACGCCGGGCCCCCUGUCCCACGCUCCAGCGUCCGGCCCCCCCCGUGGCCCCCACGUCGCGGGGGAGUGGCGGCCCGCAGCCCUCCUCACCUCCGCGCCCAAAACGUCGGGGGAGCACGACUCCCUCGCCGCCCCGUCGACGGACGGGCGCCCGCGGCACGCGCGCCUCCCCCCCGCCGGGCCCCUGCUGGGGGGCCACGCGCGCCUCCCGGACUCGCCCCCGGCCCUGGAGCCCCGCGCCUUCCGUCUCCUCCCCGGCCCCCGGCCGCGCUCCGUCCCCUCGCCCCUGCUGGAGCUGGGGCCCGCCGGCGGGCAGGAGCGCUUCCAGUGCCUGGACUGCCGCCGGGCCUACUUCACCUUCUCGGGCCUGGCCAAGCACAGGCAGCUGCACUGCGAGUGGCACUGCCCCCGCUGCUUCAGCUGCAGGUUCUGCCAGAAGGAGUACGUGAGCCUGGGGGCGCUGAAGAUGCACAUCCGCACGCACACCCUGCCCUGCGUCUGCACGCUCUGCGGGAAGGCCUUCUCCCGGCCCUGGCUGCUGCAGGGACACAUCCGCACACACACGGGCGAGAAGCCGUUCUCCUGCCCCCACUGCAGCCGAGCUUUCGCCGACCGGUCCAACCUGCGGGCGCACCUCCAGACCCACUCCGACAUCAAGAAGUACCAGUGCAAGAGCUGCUCCAAGACCUUCUCCAGGAUAUCCCUGCUGUCCAAGCACGAGGAGGCGGGCUGCUGCCCGCUGUCCUGACAAACAACCGGCUCUCCUGACGACCGCCCACUGUCCUGACAACCGCCCGCUCUCCUAACAACAACCCACUCUCCUGACGACCGCCCACUGUCCUGACGACCGCCCACUGUCCUGACAACCGCCCACUGUCCUGACAAACAACCUGCUCUCCUGACAACAGCCCGCUGUCCUGACAACAGCCCGCUGUCCUGACAACAGCCCGCUGUCCUGACGACCGCCCACUGUCCUGACGACCGCCCGCUGUCCCGACAACCGCCCGCUGUCCUGACAACACCCUGCUCUCCUGACAACCGCCCCAACCCCGCCCUCUUCAUAACAAUG